UAAAUGCUAUAGACUCGAGGCACGUUGCUGUGUUGCGCUUGCGUACGUGGGAUGAACAGCAACAGUCAGUGAAAAACAACAACAAUAACGGGAAUAAGGGAGGAACUCAUGGAUCAGUGAAGAACUCAGAUUAACUAAGACAGUAUCACUCAGUUCUCUUUACGGCUAUUUCUACUUCAGCUGUUACUUGUAAAUGGUGCCGAGCCCAUGAACCUGGCGAGUCAGAGCGGGGAGGCCGGCUGCAGCCAGCUUCUCUUCGCCAACUUUAACCAGGACAACACGUCCCUGGCUGUUGGCACAAAAUCUGGCUACAAGUUUUUCUCAUUGUCCUCAGUAGACAAAUUGGAACAGAUUUAUGAAUGUACUGACACAGAAGAUGUGUGCAUUGUGGAAAGGCUGUUUUCCAGCAGCCUUGUUGCUAUUGUUAGCCUUAAAGCACCCAGAAAGUUGAAAGUGUGCCACUUCAAGAAAGGGACUGAGAUUUGUAACUACAGCUACUCUAACACUAUAUUGGCAGUGAAGCUAAAUAGACAGAGAUUGAUAGUAUGCCUGGAAGAAUCACUUUAUAUCCACAAUAUCAGGGAUAUGAAAGUGCUGCAUACCAUUCGGGAAACUCCCCCAAAUCCAUCAGGGUUGUGUGCACUCUCUAUCAGUAAUGAUAACUGCUAUUUGGCCUAUCCCGGAAGUGCAACAAUAGGAGAGGUUCAGGUCUUUGACACAAUCAACCUGAGGGCUGCUAACAUGAUCCCCGCUCAUGAUAGUCCACUUGCUGCUUUGGCCUUCGAUGCCAGUGGCACAAAGCUUGCCACUGCCUCAGAGAAGGGAACUGUCAUUCGCGUGUUCUCCAUUCCAGAAGGGCAGAAGCUCUUUGAGUUUCGAAGAGGAGUGAAGAGAUGUGUGAGCAUCUGCUCAUUGGCCUUCAGCAUGGAGGGACUCUAUCUGUCUGCCUCCAGCAACACCGAGACGGUUCACAUCUUCAAGCUGGAGACCCAGAGAGAGAAACCACAGGAAGAGCCGACUACUUGGACGGGGUACUUUGGUAAGGUACUUAUGGCAUCUACCACAUACCUGCCAGCUCAGGUGACCGAGAUGUUCACCCAAGGUCGAGCAUUUGCUACUGUCAGACUGCCAUUUUCCGGACACAAGAACAUUUGCGCCCUUGCCACAAUCCAAAAGAUUCCACGUCUUCUGGUGGCAGCCGCAGAUGGGUACCUAUACUUGUACAACCUGGAUCCACAGGAGGGUGGAGAAUGCACACUAAUGAAGCAGCACAAAUUGGAUGGCAGCGCUGAACCAGCCAAUGAAAUCCUAGAACAGACAGCACAUGACCGUCCACUCGUGCCACAGACCUACAGUGCUGCUGUGGCCAAAGGUUACUCUGAGGACCAGGGGGCAGUAGGCGGAGCCGGAGUGGAGGACGACAUGAACGCCCUGCAUCUGGACGAGGAGAACGAGCAGCCUCCCUUGAUCCUGGAAACAGACUGAACAAAAAAAACGAGUGAAAUGGAGGAGGGUGAGAGCGAGAAAGCGGGAGAAAGAGAGGGCCACACCAAACGAGAGACAUUUGGGGGAUUUUUUUUUUGCGGGAGGGGGUAAGUGGGAGGUCGCCUCCUUGGGUGCUGCUAUGGCGUAUGUGACGUGGUGGAUGGAAGCUGGAGGGAUUAAACAGAAAGGGCAUUUUUAAAAAGCAGGCCUAGCUGUAGCCUCAUUCUGUCUAUUGUUACAUAUAGAUGUGUUUUCUUCUCCCUUGUGGCUUUUUAAAACAAACAUGCAAAAAAAAAAGCGAUCAUCUGGUGGAAUUUCAAAGGCCAGAUCUAUACAUUUAAUCAUCGAUCGAAAUGAGCAAAAACAAAAAAAGAAAUGACAAGCUGCAGGUGUUGCGUCCCUUAGCUUUGCAUGUACAUGUGCCAAGUGUAGGAUGUUUUAGAAAACAAACAAACAAAAUUUGCUCUCAUGUCGAUGGUUCUGAUCUGUAUGGUGGACUCUAUGUCUCUCAAGCCUUGUCAGAAAUUAAAUGUGAUUUUCUCCUUUUUCUUUUUAAAAAGAAAGAAAGACAAAAGCAGAAAUUAUCGAACUGAAAACGGUGAGUUUGACGUCUCUGCCUGUCCACAUCGGAAUGUGUACAGUGUCCCCGUUGUUUCAGAGAGGAAUUUCUUGUGUGUGUGUGUGUGUGUGUGUGUGUUUGUGCGUGUGUGUGAGACUGAAUACAUCUGUGCUAUAUCUUCUGCACAGAGCUUGUAAAUAUUAUUGUCUACCUGAGCAGGGCACAAUUGUGACGCACCGCUACAGAACACUGACAGCCUGACUUUAGCAUGACCAGCGCUGAACCCAAUGGCCUAAUGUAAACAGUAUUUUCAGAUGACUGUUUUUCCUCUCUCCCUUCUGUGAAGUCAGCAACUACUGAUCUUUAAUCCAAAUGACAAAUUACUUAACGCUCAGAGCAAAACAACAGGAAAAAAAGUGCUCGGUCUGAUUUUCUUUUUGUUUUCUUUUCUUUUUUUUGUACUGUUGAUGAAGCUCAUUUCUCCAUUCAAACAUUAAUGAAGUGCGACACAUUGGUGUGAUAAUUCCCUUGUUUUAGUCCUAAUGUUCCCACACUGUGCCCAGACCGUUUUCAUUGUUAACAUUUUAUUUGCUUGAGUUUUCCGAGGACCUGAUGGGAACUUGAAUAUGGUUGAUUUUCAUUCAUUUUUUUUUUUUAAAAGGAGGAGCUGGUACUCCAGCAGAUGUGAUGGAAUGUCAGCCAUUAGUCACUAUUUUGUUUUCCCAGUGGGAAUUUUUAGUUUCCCCAUCCCCCCCCCGAAUAAAUUACUUCAAACCUCCCA